ACUUACUCAAAAUAUGCCAAACCAUAACGUGUUUAUCAUUGUAUCAGCAAUAGUAGUUGCAGUACAAAGUAGCAGCGACAUUAAGACCUAUCGAAUCAACGCCAAGGUUCCGGGAGGAAGUAUCAAUGAAGACAUUGUUGUGGACUCAGAUAAACAUCUGACGACAGUUAAUGUUGGGAAUGUGUACCACCUUCAGUCUGACUGUCCGUCUACAAUUAAUCUUCAUGACUUUGAAAAGGGAAAACUUGCAAUGAAGAAUAUAGAUACUGGUAAAUGCCUUGUAAUGGAUACCAAGGAAAAUCUCAACGCAACAAUAGAUUUGCUUGAAAAAAUAACAAGAUUAAAAAUGACUCAGGAAAUUAAAGCAGAAAAACUGGUCGAUGUUUAUCCUACAACAUACGAUAGGUUGCUCGAAGAAGCUGGAGAGCAUAUUAUAGAGUUCUGUAAAGGAUACGAACUUCUCUAUGGAGAAAUUAUUGAUUAUCAAGAAGGAGUCAAGCGUCGAGAUAAAAGGAAAGCGAAAAAGAAGGGAGGAUGUUCCGGGUUCUGUUUAAUCUGUACGGUCAGACGAAAAGAGAAAGCAGUUGAUGCGACUGCACCUGGUGAUGGGGCCUGAUCGCUGGGAUGAGUGAAGAUGCAUUUUGUUAAUAUGAUUUUAUAGUUGUGCACACUAAAAUUUAGUUUUUUGAAUGACUAUGCAUCAAUUAUUUAAGAUAUUGCAUGUAUAAUAAUUAGGUUUGGACGA